CGGCAAAACCAUCGAAGAAGACGCACCAAGUUAGUUUCAUCAUCCACGCGUUCCUUUUCGGACUCGGGACUCUCUCUGUGUGGACUUUGUGAAAAUGGGGGACCCGGUGAGCGAGUACACGGCCCGGCUACAGCAGCAGGAGAUGGAGAUCUGUCAUCUCAAUGCAGAGAUUGAGUGUUUAAAGAACCCGGAGAACCUCCAGCCCUCUCCUCGUCUGGACGAGCUCCGAGAUGAAAACACCAAACUGAAAUACCGUCUGAACGUCCUGAAGAGGAGCCUGCAGGAGGAGAAUGGCCACUGCAGCGGCUCCAUGACCAACAUCAACCAGCGGCUGCAGGAGAUCUUUGGCCAGGCUAUCCGGGCGUCCUGCCCUGAGCUGGAUGACCCACCGCUUGUCGUCACGCCCAACCAGCAGGCCAAGUUUGGGGACUACCAGUGCAACAGCGCCAUGGCUCUGGCUCAGAUGCUGAAAGCAAAAGGAAUGAAGGUGAACCCUCGAGAGAUCGCAGACAAGAUCGUCAAGAACCUUCCGGAGAACGAGGUCAUCCAGAAGACUGAGAUUGCAGGACCAGGUUUCAUCAACAUUCAUCUCAAGAAAACAUUUGUGUCCAAACUGGUGAGCAGUUUGUUGAAGAAUGGAGUGCAGCCACCGCCGCUCGCCUCCAAGAAGAAGGUGGUGGUGGACUUCUCGUCACCCAACAUCGCCAAGGAGAUGCACGUGGGUCACCUGCGCUCCACCAUCAUCGGGGAAAGCAUGUCUCGACUCUUUGAGUUCCUGGGCUAUGACGUUCUCAGGUUGAACCACGUGGGCGACUGGGGAACCCAGUUCGGGAUGUUGAUCGCUCACCUGCAGGAUAAGUUCCCUGACUACCUGACGGUCAGCCCGCCCAUCGGAGACCUCCAGGCCUUCUACAAGGAGUCAAAGAAACGCUUCGACGAUGACGAGGUCUUCAAGAAGAAGGCGUACCAGUGUGUCGUCAGGCUGCAGAGCAAAGAGCCGGACUUCAUCAAGGCCUGGAAACUGAUCUGCGAUGUGUCCCGGCAAGAGUUCCAGAAAAUCUACGACUGCCUGGAGAUUCAGAUCAUUGAGAGAGGAGAGUCGUUCUACCAGGAGAUGAUGACAGAGGUGGUGAAGGAGUUUGAGGACAAAGGUCUGUUGGAGCUGGACGAGGGCAGGAAGAUCGUGUUCGUUCCGGGUCAGUCCAUCCCGCUCACCAUUGUCAAGUCUGACGGCGGCUACACCUACGACACGUCUGACCUGGCGGCAAUCAGACAUAGAAUCUUCCAGGAAAAGGCUGACGUCAUCAUCUACGUGGUGGACAGCGGUCAGGCAACUCACUUCCAGGUGGUGUUUGCUGCGGCGCAGAUGAUCGGCUGGUACGAUCCCAAAGUGACCCGGGUGGAGCACGCUCCGUUCGGCGUCGUGCUUGGAGAAGACAAGAAGAAGUUCAAGACCCGAUCUGGAGACACGGUGCGACUGAUAGACCUGCUGGAUGAAGGUCUGAAGAGAUCCAUGGACAAGCUGCUGGAGAAGGAGCGAGACAAGGUCCUGACCCCGGAGGAGCUGAGACUAGCUCAGAGGUCGGUGGCCUUUGGCUGCAUCAAGUACGCUGACCUGUCGCACAACCGCGUCAACGACUACGUAUUCUCCUUCGACAAGAUGCUCGACGACCGCGGAAACACGGCGGCGUACCUGCUCUACGCCUUCACACGCAUCAGGUCGAUCGCCCGCCUGGCUAACUUGGACGAGGCCACGCUGAAGAAGGCAGCCGAGACCACAGAGGUGCUGCUGGACCACGAGAAGGAAUGGAAGCUGGCCAAGUGCGUCCUGAGGUUCCCCGAAAUCUUGCAGCGGAUCCUGGAUGACUUGCUGCUGCACUCGCUGUGCGACUAUCUGUACGAGCUCGCCACGACCUUCACCGAGUUCUAUGACAGCUGCUACUGUGUGGAGAAGGACAGGCAGACAGGUGAGGUGGUGAAGAUCAACAUGUGGAGGAUGCUCCUCUGUGAGGCCACUGCCUCCGUCAUGGCGAAGGGAUUUGAGAUCCUGGGACUGAACCCUGUCAGCAGGAUGUGAUGUGUCACAGCCGCCCGAAGGUUCCUCUGAGCUCCCCUCUUCCCAGAUGAAACAAUGAAGAGCAAAUCUUUUUUUAAAAUUAAAUCAUGAUACACUGAUGUCUGCUUCUUCCACC